AAUGUGAUGUACCAAAAAAAAAAAAUCCAUGCUUAUUGUGUUUAUAGUUCACAGUGAAGGUUGAACACAGCUGAGGGAUCACCACCAAGCAGCAAAGGACUUUCUUUCCCUGUUCCUGGAGAUCCUUGUCGUGCCACCUGUUAAGUGACUAUGCACAGGCUGAUUAUGUGCGAGGAAAACUAAUCAGUUCUUUUACAUUUGUGGAGAAGUAGGUGCGCGCUUUUGGCACCAUGGAGGACAUCUUCAAGGAUCAAGACUUAUGGUCUUUCAAUGAGUCAUCUAGAAACUCCAGCGUCAACAAUGAAACUUACGGCGUGAACCAGACGGUGAACCCGCUGAAGCGGAAUGAAGAAGUGGCAAAAGUGGAAGUUACUGUAUUGGCCUUGGUGCUCUUCUUGGCACUCGCUGGUAACCUUUGCGUCCUUGUUGCAAUUCACACGACCAAGCACAGUCAAUCUCGCAUGUAUUACUUCAUGAAGCACCUCAGCAUUGCAGAUCUGGUCGUGGCUGUCUUCCAGGUACUUCCUCAACUCAUCUGGGACAUCACGUUUCGCUUUUAUGGACCAGACAUCCUGUGCAGGUUGGUGAAAUAUCUUCAGACCGUUGGGAUGUUCGCCUCCACGUACAUGCUGGUGCUGAUGUCCAUAGACAGAUGUAUGGCAAUCUGCCAGCCUCUUCGUUCUUUACACAAGAAAAAGGACCGCUGUUACGUGAUUUGUUCUUGGGCACUAAGCUUACUUUUCAGCAUCCCACAGGUUUAUAUAUUCUCCUUACGGGAGGUGGGUUCAGGAGUUUAUGAUUGCUGGGGAGAUUUCGUACAGCCUUGGGGAGCGAAAGCCUACAUCACGUGGAUGAGUCUGACGAUAUACAUCAUACCAGUGACCAUUCUGAGUGUCUGCUAUGGACUGAUAAGUUUUAAAAUCUGGCAAAACUUUAAAAGGAAGACGAAGAGGGACCAGUGUAUCACUCUCACGCCCAAGGCAUCGAAAGGCAGUGCGCUCGCGCGGGUCAGCAGCGUCAAACUCAUCUCCAAGGCUAAAAUCACCACCGUUAAAAUGACCUUUGUUAUCGUUCUGGCUUAUAUAAUGUGCUGGACUCCGUUUUUCUCCGUACAGAUGUGGUCAGCAUGGGAUCCUGAAGCACCAAGGGAAGCAAUGCCCUUCAUCAUUUCCAUGUUGCUGGCCAGUCUGAACAGCUGCUGUAACCCCUGGAUCUACAUGUUUUUUGCUGGGCAUCUCUUUCAUGACCUGAAGCAGAACCUGCUGUGCUGCUCCGCGCUCUAUCUGAAAUCCUCUCAGUGCCGCUGCGAUCCGGAGCAAGAUUCCCGUAAGAGCAACUCCUCCACCUACGUCAUCAAAAGUGCCAGCAGCCAGCGGAGUAUCACCCAGACCUCUGUCACAUAAACCAAACGUACCUCAAAGCCAGUUUUUCACAUUUUUGAAAGCCAGACAGGAAAGCUAGAAUAUAAACCCACACAAGGCUGCAAAUGUCACCAUCAGUUUGCUUCAGCUGUGUUUUCGGUUGGGAAUUAUUCAGAAUGUCAUUUUCAUUACUCUACUUCGUUUUCUUAUCUCUGAGGACCUUGAGCAGCCGUAGUCUAUUCCUUGCCUUCGUGUAUUGUGUUUCUAGACAUUACAGAAGGAACAUCAUUCGAUUCCAGACUGUGUUUAUGGGUCUGUUUACAUUUAGUCACACAUCGUUUGAAUUGGUAUCUGAUUGUGUAUGCGCAUUCGCUUUGGCCACAUAAAUGUGUCUUGGUGCUGGGCACCAAAAUUGGCUGCACUUGAUGUGGCUCAUAAAAACAGGACGUGGCUGAAUUAGCUUUGACGAUUGUGGUACAAAAGAUAACAACCAUAAUGUGCUGCAUUCUGUUUAGGGCUCACAAAACCUCCGUACGCUGAUGUAGAUAUGUUUAGGAGGAGCAAAGUUUGCAUAUGUGGCCUGAAGAGCCAGAUGGAUUUACACUUGGCCGAGUCUCAAACCGCCAGAUCGGAUUUCUGUCGCUCUUAAGUGUGUCUUAGAGUGUCCAAGUGUAAAUAGCCCUGAUAUGAUGUAAACAUGCAAAAAACAGUCAACCUUAAAGGGAUAGUUUAUCUAAAAAUGAAACUUUCAUUAUUUACAGUACUCAUCCUCAUGUCUCCCCUUCAUGAAAAAAGCAGUGAAAAGUAAUGCAAUUUUGUGCAUUUGUGAAAAAUCAAGUUUGACAUACAUUGUAUUGAAGAUGACAACAGGUUAUAUCAUUUUAUGGGUUAUGAGGAUGAGGAGGUUAACAACACACAGAUGAAAACAAGAUGUUGAUGACACAUGAAGUGUUUCUUCUGAAACCUAAUGAGAAACAUGGCCAGUUGCUCUUUUUAAUGAACUUGUCAAAAGAGAGUACUUUGGUUUGUUUUAAGAAACCCAAGCACUUUUCAUUUUUGGCACAUACAUGGUUAUGUUGUUAUCACUGUUCUUUAUCAUUUUACAUGUAAACUUUACUGUCAUGCCCAAAGGACCACAUCUCUUUGCGAAAUGUUUCUGCAGUGCCUCAUGGUAAUCAAUCAUGGCAAACACCCGAUUUGUUUUCAAAAAGUGAAGGACUGAUUGUUUACUCCUUCGCUUUUAUGCUUGUUUGUCUUGUAAGAGAGAGUGUUUGAAAUCAAUGUUUAUUCCAGUUACAUAUUUUGCUUAA